AUGGAGGAUGCCUUCUGCGUCGUUGGCAUGGUCGUAGGCUUCGUGUUGACGCUGGCCACCUGGGGUGAUCUCCACGGUUGGCGUUAUGUGCUUGGCUUCACGGGCGUGCCUUCGCUGGUGAUGGUGAUCCCGAUCUCUCUCGGGUUGGUGGUGGAGUCACCGAGGUACCUGAUGAUGGUGGGCCGGAAGCGCGAAGCCGAGAAGAGCCUUCUCGUUUGGGUCGGCCAUGCCGAGGUGGAGGAGGUAUUGGCGAUCUGGCGCGCUCAGGAGAGAAGCCUUCAGGAGGGGCCGCGGCGUUGGUCCGAAGUGCUGUGUCCCGCAACAGCGGCGGGCGGUAGGAGAACCGUCGCAAGUAUUGGCUGCAUGAUGGCUCAGAUGGUCUCCGGCUGCGGCGUGAUCGCGUACUACAGCACCGAAAUCUUGGAACAGGAUUUCGAUGACAAGACAGCGACGUGGAUCAGCAUGUGGUCGUUGACGGGGCGUAUCUUAGUGAACAUAUACGUCGUAAUGCAUAUUGACACGAUCGGCCGAAGGUUGCUGUUGCUGUUGAGUGCAGCUGGUUGCUCGGCCUCUUAUGUGUACAUGUCAAUCGCCUAUGCUUUUGAUUGUUCUCCGUAUGUAAGGGUUGCAGGAUUUUUCCUUUUCCAAAUAUGCUUUGCCAUCGGUCUCGGCCCCGUUCCAUUUGUCUACGUAUGCGAGGUGGUUAAUACGGAGGUGCGCAGCAAGGUCGUGGCGUUGGGCUUCAUCCUGUCGCGUCUUUACGCGGGCAUCUGGAUUGUCAGCUUCACUACUCUAGCAGGUGACGACGAGUUGGGGAGAGUCUCCCCUGGGAUACUUGGUGGUGACGCUGGGGUUUUCUUGCUCUUCGCUAUUCUCAACGGGGCUUCCUUUUGGUUUCUCUACAGUGCCGCUCGCGAGACAAAGGGUGUGCAGCUGGAAGAUAUGGAGCAGGCAUUCUCUUAA